UUUGAAGUCUUUGAACACGCUCAGCCGGAAAUAGUGGGUCAACGUUUGCCUUCAUUGUUGAUUUGUUAUGGCCUGAAGAGGUGCCACAUCAAUCCAUAUGGAGACCCUAUGGAACAUACCAAUAAUGGUUAAAGCCAUAGUUAUUGUUUUGCACUGUGGAGGUUCUUCAGCCGACACGACGAGGAGGAUCGGUGUCUUGGUGGGUGCAGAGGUGACUCUCAGCUGCCUUUUCGACAAACGCUCCACGCUGGCGGAGUGGAGUGAGCUCACCAUCGAGUGGAACGUGAUGGACGAGCGUGCCGAGAAGAGGGUCUUGUACACCUUUGAGGACAGCCGGGCGCAUGUGAGCCGGGAGGACUCUGCGGUGGACCGAAUGCAGCUGCUAGAGGGCGAUGCGUCUCUGCGCAUUGGUAACGUGACCGUGGGAGAUGGAGGGCUGUACACCUGCAGAGUCAUCACACCUGUGGUCCACACGGAGACCACUUGGCUGGAAGUGCUGGCUCGGCCUUCUGUGUCGCUCCCGGAAACGGCGGCAGUGAUGGAGGGGGAGGAAAAGCUGAUACAGUGUGACAUCACAGGUUUCUACCCAGAGAAGCUGGCCGUGACCUGGCACAUCCAAAAUGGCUCCCACGUCGUCCAUGUGGGUGCAGGCCUUCUCUCCCACGUCUGCACCGGAAUGUCCGCUCGCAACCCAGACGGCACGUACAGUAUCCGCAGUGGCCUCACGCUGCCUUCCUCGGCUGUGAAGGGUGGAGACGUGCGCAUCAUCUGCCAGGUGGAGCACCGGACCUUCAGCAGGCCGUACAACAGAUCUGUUACGCUGGCUGUUAAGGCUCAGUCACAGCCCCCCUACAGUGCCGUCACACUGAUAGCUGUCAGCAGUGUCAUCAGCCUGCUGCUGGUCACCUCCGUCACUGGAGGCGCUCGGCUUCUCUACACCAGUUUCUGUCAAGCUCCACCGAGUGUUUCUGAAAUCAGCCUGCCCAGCAUCGUGUACGCCGGGGAGGCGACCGACCUCGAAUGCACCAUCCGAGGGGCCCGACAGCGGGUCCUCAAUGUGAAAUGGUUUAAAUUAAGAAGCGCAGCAGACUCAGCGGGGCAGUCCGAAGGGGAUCCUCUGUUGUCCGCUGAGGAUCUGAGCCAACAGGCUUGUCUCCAGUCGGAUGGCACGCGCCACACGUCUGUCCUCACUGUGUGUCCCACUGUCGCUGACGACGGGACGGAAUACUGCUGUGUGGUGCUGUGCAGGGACCACAGCGUCAGCAGAAAGACCACAGUCUGGGUGAAAGUGGAGCCGUCUUUCCUCCACAUCACCAGCAUCCCUCAGAUCCCCAGGGUGGAGUGGCCGCUGGUCCUCUGCUGUCGGGUGGAGAACUUCUACCCCCGGGACGUGGACCUGGAGUGGUCCAGGAGCGACGGGGAGCCCGUCUGCAGCGUGUCUCACUUCGGACCUUUCUCCAACCACAGCGGCCUCUACAGCGUGUGGAGUGAGAUUCAUCUGCGCAUGUCCACAGAGGACGAGAGGGCCGUGUACACCUGCCGGGUUUACCACUGCAGCUUCCCGUCUCCGGGGUACAAGGAUGUCCUGUACCACAUCAACACUCAAGGGAGUCCUCCGGAUGUGAUGUUCAUCGACUGCGAGCCGCUGUGCCCCCUGCCCAACAAAGAGUGCACUCUGCACCUGUGCAUCAGAGACUUCUGUCCCGAAGGCGUGUCUGUGACUUGGACUAAAGAUGGAGAGACGGUGUCCUCGGGUGUCUUCAACACUCCCCCGAGCCUGAACAUCAACGGCCUCUACUCCAUGUUCAGUUUCCUCAAGCUCACCCCCAGGGAGGUUGACUGGGGCUGCGAGUUCAGGUGCCGUGUGGUGCACAGCGCCCAGCUGGAGCCCGAAGAGAGGCUGUUCACGCUGCCCGCGCCCCCCCCGCCCUCCGGCUGCUGAUGUCCUCACUGGGGAAACGCUGUUAUUUCCCCCUUUUUUUCAAGUUUGGACAUGUGUGGUCCACCUCUGGAUGGGCCUGCAGCAGCUUUCAAGUGACCUGUUUCCAAUAGCACCAAGCAUCAGAAACUGUAUGACAUUCAUGUUAUUUUAAACAAAACAAAGGUAGAAGAUCUUAGAAAUAACACACAAAUGCCGCUGCAUUUUUCACCAUAAUAAUAUUAGUUUUUAUUUUUCCUUUUGUGUAAAUUCAAAAUUAGACCAAACUUUUAUAUAACUUCCCUUUCCAAAUGCGUUACACCAUUUCAGAUACUGAGAACAAUGCUCGAGGUCAGUUCAUCAGAUAAAGAAACCACACAUAUUUUUGUAUUUUAUAACUGUAACUAUCUUAAACCUCAACAGGUGUGUUCAUUUUAUACUUUUGCAGUGUGACUUGUUGUGGGACACAAUGUGACAACAGAGGAUCUCCAAAAAAUAUAAAUGUCAUAAAUGUUUCUGUUCUAUGCGCCUGUAUACUUUUACUCUAAAUGUCCUUGGUAGCUUUAGUAGCUGGCAUAGACAAUUAUUAUUAUAUCAUUCUCAGAAUACACUCAGAUGCUGCAAAUAUGAGCCGUAAAAGCAGAAAUGAGUCUCUGUCUUUUUGGUUUGAUGUUGGAAAUAAGCUUUGUGGUAGAUAAGGUUUUGAACAUUUUGGCCCUAGUCAUGUGAGUGACAAGUAGUUUGUUUUAUAGUCUAAAUCUAUAGUCAACUUUAUACUUUAGUCAAUUGCAUUCAAGCUUCAAAAAUCAUCAGGUGACAUUUAUUUGUGAAGAUUAUCUUACUCAACAAGACGUGUAAGCAUCAUAAAUGUUUGAUUAAACAAACAUGUACAUAAUCCAAAAUAAAAUGGGCUGAUUCCCCCCCCCCAAAGAGAAACAGUGGGCAGUUAUCUUCCUGUUCAGCCGUCAUAAAACACGUCAUCCCUGCGUUUCUUUUUUACACCUUG